AUGGUUUUACAUCGACACAAGUCAUCGUUAGAAGGGUUCCUGGAUUUUUCAGAGCCAUUCUCCUUAACAUUACAACAAAAUAAGGCAGCAAGCAACAUUCUCAUGACGCUGAUUGAGGAUUAUGGCCCAGAACAAAUUGGGCGGAGGGGUUACAUGCCCGCGAUGCUAGUCAACGCAACAUUCGAGCAUGUGCAUACGCAAUCAAAAGAUGCCUUCCUGAACUUCUUCCUUGUGCAUCUCCAUGAGCAUCUGGAUUUGGUAGAUGGAAAUACUGUUGAGCCUGAUAUUUCUCUUGUGCUAGCCUAUCUCGAUGGGUUCUCCUCUUUUGACGCAGACAAGAAAAGCAAAAUCCGGAGCGCUGUCGAGCUUUUCGCUGACUACAUGGUUGACAAUUUCUUUUCUCCACUCAGGGUUUCGUUGGUGAAGACACCCCAACCAACACCCCUUUCACUCUCCUCGCUGCGGGCGUCCACGCCAACGUGUAUAACGCAUCGCGUGUCCAUCCUCCGACAGAGUUGUCUUAUCCGUGAUCAAUCAUCGUUGUGUCGUGUCCCAUCGCGGCGAAUAAAGCAAGAUGGGAUUGAAAGUGAAGACGACGAUGGGGCUCUCCUCCGAAACGAACCUGGUGAAUUCGAGUAUCUAGAAGUUGCUCACAUACUUCCUCAUUCAUUGACCUCAAUAGCCUCAGGAAAUACGGAAUUGAAGGGGCAUACAACCGGUACACGAUCAGAUCGACAGAAAGGAAUCCUAUUCUUUGUGAUCGAUUACUUCCCAUUUAGUCGUACGCUUAGCCUUAGCCCCAGUUGUUCUAUUGACCCACCUUCCUCUCGACUACUUAAAGUUCACCGUGCAAUUGCUCUUAUUCUCAAACUCAGCGGUGCAGGCGAGUACAUUGAGAAUAUCCUUCGAGAUAUGGAAGAAGUCGAGGUGAAAGAAGAUGGGUCGACAAAUUUAGGUCGUCUAAUGAGCCUACGAUUGAGUGGUUGGUUAAAAACAUUGGCUGUCUUCUAA